AUGGGUUGGUUUUGGGGCGAUAGCAAGAACGAUCCCGUGAAGAAGCUCGAUCCGGGGCUCCGGGAGUUCCUGGAGCAGGAGACGCCCGACAAAUACGUCCCUGCAGAUGUGAAGUCACCAACCCCGACCCCUACGCCGUCACCCCAACCCACGACCCCCGCCGAAUCGUCCGAGCCCAAGGUCCCAGCGGCAUCGCUUUAUCAGGAUGGUCGCUAUGCGGAUCUCUGGAAAACCUACAAGCCCCCGAGCAAUGACGGAGAGAGCCCAGGCGUGCGCGGGGCGGAACGUGUGAUCGAAAAGUACAAAGAGCGUGGUGAUACAGUUCAGCGUGCCGCCAUGGAGAAUUGUGCCCUGGAGCAUGAAGCCUUGACCUUCUGUUUCAAGACUGGAAAUUGGAAGAAGCAGAUUGAGUCUCGGUUGACGAUGUGCUCGGCGGAAAAUGCCACCUUCUCGCGAUGCUAUCAGACCCAAAGUGUAGGCAAAUUUUUGCAAGCUCUGGGUUACGCCGCGGCCUUCGAUUAUGAUCCUGAGAAAGAGGAACGAAUCCAGAUGCACGCCGACAAGCUUUAUCACCAAAUGCUGGACUAUGAGAAGGAAGUAGCAGAGGCCAAAGCAGCCGGCCUGGAGGUACCACCGAUCACAUCCCUGUUUCAUCCGGGAAAGCCAUCGCCCUCCCAGGAGCCGGGUAACAAGCAACUGGAGAUCCCCGGCGGCGAGGCCAUUCCAGAAGGGUUCAAACCCUCCAAGCCCCUGGCUAAGCUCACACCACAUGAACGAGAGCUGGAGAUUCGGGCCCACAAUGCUCAACUGGAGCAACAGAAGCUAUAUGUCCAGGAGGCCAGUCCUUUCAUGAAAUCCCAAGGGGACGCCCGGGACAAGCGACGGGAGAAGGCUGUCAGCUGGUUUGGCGAGACUAUUGGCAAAUGGGUCUCAUGA